AACGCAUUACUGAGAAUUUUCUGUUGGGAUAUUUUAAUAACAUUAAGACGAAAUGCUAGACUUAAUUUCAAUUAUCAUCAUCGUGGUAUUACUUAUAGUAGACUACUACAAGAAGGAUAAGAAAACAGAGCACACAUGGCAAUGUCUAGAAAACAACAUACCACCCGGAGAAAAUGGUUUACCCGUCAUUGGAGAAACUUUUCAAUUUCUUCUUAAAAAGGGACAGUUCUUUAAAGAAAAGGCAGCAAUAUAUGGCCAGAUUUAUAGAACACAUUUGUUUGGAAAACCAACAGUUCGUGUAACUGGAAAAGAAAAUGUGAGGAAAAUUCUGUAUGGAGAAAAUAAAAUUGUAAGAUCGUCAUACCCAACCUCUGUCAAAAAACUAGUAGGCUGCAAUGGUCUGACCUUUUCCUCUGGUCUGGUACACGAUAACAGGAAGAAACAUCUGAUGCAGUUUCUAAGGACAGACUUUGUUAACCAACAUGUAUCAGGAUUGUCUGAAUUUGUUAGGGGAAGACUUCAACACUGGUGCAACCAUUCAUCAAUUAAUUUAUUUGUGGAAACUAAAACUUUGAUUACCGAAAUAGCAGCUAAAUUUCUCAUCAGUUCUGAUAUUGACAAGUCUAUGACGGAGAGAUUGGUUCCGUUAUAUGAAGACUUUACAAGCAAUUUGUUUACUAUUCCUAUCAACAUUCCUGGGUUCGGUUUUCAUAAGGCUCUCAAAUCAAAGGAAAAACUAAAAGUCUUAUUCAAGGAAGCAUUACUGUCAAAUAAAGAUCGUUCUUUGGGAAGAUUUCCUGCCGUACUUGAAGCUUAUGGGGCAUCCUUAGACAAGGACACUUUCGAUGAAGAUGCUUUUCUCGAUGGCGUACUAGAACUUUUGUGGAAUGCUAGCGAAACAACGAGCAGUAGUGUCUUCUGUUUGGUAUAUCUGCUCACCAAACACCCGGAUGUUGUCAGUAAAAUCAAAGCAGAGUUAAUUGAGAACGAAAUUACAAGUGGUUCCACAGAAUCACUCAAUCACAAGCAGCUACAAUCUUUAAAAUAUGUGGACACAGUUGUGAAAGAACUACUGAGAGUGUUGCCUCCAAUAGGAGGAGCAUACAGAGAAGUUAUAGAGGAAUUUUCUGUUGGAGGAUACACUAUUCCAAAAGAUUGGACUGUUAUUUGUGGAAUCAGAGAGACCCAAGAAAAUGACAAUUCUUCGGACGAUCCACUUUGCUUUAAUCCAGAACGAUGGAAUGAAAAGAACAGUUCCAACAUACCAUUCUACACAUUUGGUGGUGGAAAACGAUUAUGUCCAGGACAAGCGUUUGCAAAACAAGUGUUAAAACUAUUUAUUGUAGAACUAGUCAGAAGUGUAGAAUGGACAAUAUCUAAUGAAGAUUGUGAACUUAUAUAUUUUCCUACUCCUCAACCUAAACAUAUCAUGAAUGCAAGUUUUCAUAGACUGAGAACAUUCGACCAGUUAUAAAACAUUGAAAACGUACUUCUAAUUGUGUCAUACAUAAAACAGCUGUGCCAUUAUUGAAUAAUCCCGGUCAAACUUUUAUACUUUUUGCAUUUUUUUUUAUGUUGUUAUUUAUUUCUA